GGGGGACGGUACAGAGUACAGCUGUACAGCAGAAUUUAGUUCUAUUUCUAUUUCUGGCUUGAACAAGAUAUUUUGCGAAUUUUUUUUACUCACGCUACGCUCCGUCAACAGCAUAUCUUAUUUUCUUGUGCAGCUUGUUACUGUGCAGUGUUAAACACUGUUGCAUAAUCAAGUGAGGGAGGGAUUUAUAAUGCUUAGUGACAUAACUUGCUAUUUAUUGUUUGAAUAACUGCAAAAAUGAAAUUUAAACCAGUGUUGGACGACACACAACUGAAGCGCCUGAGUGAACACAAAUACAGUUGCACCAGCUCGAGCAUUCUUGAACCAUUUCUUCAGCCAUGGUGGAAUUGGGUAGUGCAGUGUUUGCCUUUAUGGCUAGCCCCCAACUUAAUUACCAUUACAGGGCUCUUUGUAAACAUUUUGACUUCACUGGUGCUUGUCUACUAUAAUCCUGAUGGGAAAGAAGAGUCCCCAAGAUGGGCGGCUCUCAUGUGCGCUGCUGGAAUUUUCAUCUACCAAACUCUAGAUGCGAUAGAUGGAAAACAAGCUCGCCGGACCAAUUCUUCCUCGCCUUUGGGCGAACUGUUUGAUCAUGGAUGUGAUUCGUUGUCCACCGUUUUCGUUGCCUUGGCUGCAUGUGUCACUGUUGGACUAGGCACGCAUCCAUGGUGGAUGUUCUUUCAGUGCUUCACUGGCUUUGCCCUCUUUUACUGCGCACACUGGCAGACGUACGUCUCAGGUACAUUAAGAUUCGGGAAAAUUGACGUGACCGAAGCCCAGUAUGGGAUCAUGGGAUUGCAUUUAUUGACCUUUAUCUUCGGCAGUAACAUGUGGCAACAGAAUUUACCAAUGAUGGGGUUCGGGUGGAAUAUCGCCGUGGUAGUGUCGGUGUUUCUUGCCCAGUCGUACACAUUCUUCACCGAGUACUUGGGCUGCAUUUUGAGUGGCGGAACAGGGAAAAAUGGAUCGACAAUUGCCGGAACUAGCGUUCUAUCUCCUGCCAUUCCACUAGGUCUGGUUAUCGUCCCGGCUUACAUUAUUGCCUGCAAGAGCGAGGAACACAUAUUCGAGGAGCAUCCUUCAUUGUACAUUAUUGCCUUUGGAUUGGUCGUUGCCAAAGUCACCAAUCGACUUGUGGUUGCACACAUGACCCGUAGUGAGAUGGACUACCUUGAUUCAGUGCUAAUUGGUCCUGCGCUUCUCUUCCUUAACCAAUACUUCAACAACUUUAUACAGGAGUAUUACGUUCUGUGGCUGUGUUUGCUGUGGGCAGCCAUUGACUUGUACCGUUACUGCCAUCGCGUCUGCCUGGAAAUAUGCGGAGCGCUCAAUAUAGAACUCUUCCGCAUUAAGGCCCGCUUGGCUGUGCCAGCAGGAGCAGCGUCUGCAGCUUUAGAUUUUGCUGCUGCCAGUACCAACAGUAGCCGGAAUGGUCGACACAGAAGGACAUAAUUAGUUGUUAAACUUUUCUUCCAGAGCUUUCUUUCCGAAGUAUGCACACGCACUUAAAUUCUCAUUGAAUUUUUUUUUCUUCUUCUUUCUCAACCGGGAUGUUGCUGUUUUUCUUUUGGCACCGUCUCUACCCUCUCCCAAUCCACAAAGAAAAACUUCAGUUCAAAUUUUGUAAAUGUUGCCCUCGUUCCAUGAAAGAAAAAUAGGGAAAAAACAAUUUUCCAUACUGCCUCAUUUCCUCCUUCCCGUGCCUACAAGUUUUUGCGAGUGUUGUCACUGGGAAAUUGCAAUAUGUAAAAAAUAGGGGAACAUUUUUGGCGCUUUAAUUUUGGGCCCAUAUGUGACAUCGUUGGGGUAACAAGUCGCUAGUCGGGCUAUGCAGCACAUGCUUGGCUUGUAAGCGGGACGAUUGUCUGUUCGGGUAACAUAAGCAGAAACCUCUGUUUGCUGUGGACAUCAUAAAGAAAUUCACAAAAUAGAUUAAUUGGGUUAACAACGGUCUGUAGAGUUGGAAUUGAAUUGUCUGAUUAAAAAUAUACAGAUGUCAGUUGGAAAUGAGAAAA